GCGCGGCCCUGGACCGGGAACGCGUGAGGGUUGGGGGGCAUCUGGCGCAGCGCGGAGAGGGGACCGCGUGAAUGUCGGGCGACGGCAUCCCCGGCACCCGGGAAAGAUAGGAACCUUGGGCGUCCAGGGCCCGGAGACUGAGGGGGCUGGGAAUCGUGGGAAACCCAGGAUCGGAGGGUACAGGGGACCAGGGACACUCGGUGAAUUUGGGACCUCCCGAACAACUCGGGUAACCGAGGAGUCCUUGAGCCGUGGGUCCUGACCCCUCCCGGGACCCCGGACCAUGCUGCGGACGUUACGCGGGCUGCUGCUGCUCGUGAGAGCGGAGAGGCGCGGCUACUACGCAGUACGCAUCGGCAGGAGCCCCGGGCUCUACGCGACGUGGGACGAAUGCAGGACCCAAGUGGAGGGGUUCCCGGGAGCCGACUUCCGCAAGUUUCUGUGCGAGGGAACCGCUCAUGCCUACCUUGCCCAGGGGCGCGGGGGCGACGGUGCAGCCACUGAGAGGCCGCCGCAAUUGCGGCGGCGGUGGGAAGACGAGGAGCAGCCCGCGGACCGCGGGGAUCAACCGCGCUUCACUUACGUGGGCGGCGUCCCAGUCGUGUUCACGGAUGGAUGCUGCAUCUCCAAUGGGCGCCAGGCGGCGCGUGCGGGACUGGGAGUCUUUUGGGGCACCAACAACCCCCUAAACUUGAGUGAGCGACUGGUUGGCCGACAAACAAACCAGCGCGCCGAGAUCAUGGUAAAUAAAAAAAACAAUAUGGCGGCGUGCCGUGCAGUGCAGCAGGCGAGCGAGCAGGGGCUCCGAAAGCUGAUUGUGUGCACGGACAGCAUGUUCAUCGUCAACGGGAUGGGCUCCUGGGUGCACACGUGGAAGCGCAGUGGCUGGCGCCAAGGCUCGGGCUCGCUGGUGGUUAACAGGGCCGACUUCGCCCUGCUCGACGACUUGUGCAGCGACAUGGACAUCACCUGGGUGCAUGUGCAGGGCCACUCUGGAAACCUGGGAAAUGAGCACGCAGACCAACUGGCCAAGGAGGGAGCAGACAAGGUCCCCCUCCCAGGAGCCAAGCCACCCCCAGAUCCGGUCGCAACUGCCGUGGAUCCUCCAGACCUGGGCCAGCCCAGCGCCGCGUGUCAAAGGGUUGACUCAGAAGAUGUGGACUGUGCCUCACAAGCAGACCUGGCUGCCGAGGUGGACUCUUCAGAGCCAGAGGAAAUUCGCCAAACGAACCUCAAAAAGUCAAUAGAUGUCGCCAGCUGGACCUUAUAAAAUCAUAAAACGUGUCACUUGAAAUUGUACCAAUUCUUGUGCAUAAUAAAUGUAUCCAGGAUGUUUAAUCCUUACCUGGAAUGCUCCAACAACCACAGCAAGGGGUAUAUUGCAUGUGGUGUGCCAUUGCGGACAAAAUAUUUUCCAGGCCACUGACCUGUACAGACCGAGCAUAAUGUAAGCUCUGGUUUAAGGGGUGUGGUAAUUGGUAUGAUAAUUGACAUGCCAUAUUCAUGUAUGUGAGCAAGAGUUCAGAGCAAGGGCUCUGCCUUAGAGCGAAGCAGGUUUUUUGCGCUGCACCCCACAUCUGUUGUGCAACACUAUGCAGCCAAGGGCUAUUGGGUCACAGAUUUAUUAAACUUCCCAAACCUACCAGACUGGGAGGUGGUAAGUAAAAUGCAGUACAGCAAAUGUGUUUGUGAACCCAUCUGUGUACAUUUGAUCAUCCCCUCAUAAAGCGAGGAGUUUUGUCAGGUAUGCUGGCCUUCUCCCACAUGCAAGACAUUUUGUUUAAAAAAUGACCAAACGUCUCAAAGCAUGACCCCCCUGAAAAAGUAUUGACGCUUUUCAGAUUAAUUGGGAGCUAUUGUUAUAUUUAACGAAUUGUGUACUUUGGUGGAUUGUCAGAGUGGACAAUUGUUCUUGCGAUGACAAAGCAUAAUUAUGUAUAAUUGUACUGAAGUUAAUAUGCUUUGUGGAAAAGUCUUGCCUAUAAAAUGAGCCAACCCAGCAUCUUUGUUUAACAGGCCACAUUCUGUUGAUGACACUUAAAAAGUCUAAACUUACCAUCUGCUUGAACAAAUGCUGCUGGAAAAUACUGGUCCACAAAUCCUAUA